CUAAUCCAUACUUUUCUACAUGCAGUGAGCUUUCAACGCAAGGGAGAAUCUUAAAAUGCAUUCCCACCCUACCUCCCAUCUGAAUUGUUUCUGUCCAUUUUACCCCGUCAGUCUGCCGUAUGUCUAGAACGCACCCAAGUCAAUCGAGUUGACAGCUCAACAGGCUUUACUUCAUGGUUAAGCCAAGUUGUUCUUAGAGAAGGGCAUCUACUUGGUGCAUGUUGGGCUGCAGCAUUUUGUCAUUGUGAAGGGUUUUGUGAUGCUGCCUCUUAUUUGUACCCCAAGAGAUGAGGUGGGGGAGUAAAAGGGUUGAGGAUGGCUCAUCUGUGCACAAUCAUAAAGUCAUUUUGGACAAUAUGGAGCCAUCUAUAUAGGAUCCAUCUUUUUGUCUAUAUUAGUAGUCAUUUGUUACAUUGCUAUGGUAUGUUACAGGCAGUGUAGGCAGAAUGACCGCAGCAGGAAACUGUAGUAACUACAGUACCUGCCAGUGCAUGCUGAAAGACAGCUGUACUGUUUUUAGGAUCAGUGUCUAUCACUGCAUAAGGCAAUUCUCCUGAGUAAAUUCAGUGAUUUCUCUAUGGGAUUAAGAGAUUUAUUGAUUGCAGCCUUUGAGUCCUUAUGUUCAGAAGGAAUGUUGGCUAAGCCUAACAAGGAUCAGUGCAAACAUAAAUAAUUAUGAGCCUAGGAAUAUCAAAAUCAUGUCUAUCUUUUUAAUCUGUCUUUACACCUUCUCAGGGGAAGAUAGAUUUCACUGUAAAUCUCAAACCUCAAGCACUAGAUCUUCCAGGCAGGUCACAGGGACCCAUCAUUUUGCCCUCUGCUCACCCUCCAGGAACGUGUGCUUUUCAGGGUUUUAUCAUUGAUUGCGUGAUAGUUUGAGCAUGAAUUAUACUCCUUUUGAGUGCUAUGAAGAUGGACUCAUGUCACAAUAUGUCAAAUCCUGGAAAGAAGGAGAUUCGGUUUGUUGGAGAGGACCAUUUGGAGGUUUUCCUUAUUCAGCCAAUCAAUAUGGAGAACUUCUCAUGCUUGCUUCUGGUACUGGUCUAGCACCAAUGCUUCCUAUUCUUCAGUACAUAACAGAGAAUGAGGAUGAUGAAACAUUUGUAACUCUAGUGGGCUGCUUCAGGAACUUUGAAAAUAUCUACAUGAAGCCUCUUCUUCAAGAGCAAUCUCGAUUCUGGAACAUAAGGGCAUUUUAUGUAUUAAGCCAGGAACACUCACUCGAAAAUCUGCCUUGGAGCUUUCAAAAAAACACAUACCUUGGUCGAAUAAACGAGGACAUGGUUAAGAGUAUGGUGAACACAUGCAGAAGACAACCUUAUGUAUUGAUAUGCGGCUCUGUGACAUUUAGUGAAGAGAUUGAGAGAUCUUUGAAAGCCAUUGGUCUUAAAGAAGAUUCUUAUUUUAUAUUUUAACGGAGUUUAAACAAACAAGGUAUCUUUGCUAUGAAUAACCUUAAUCUGCCUUUGGUGAGAUUGGAUUUUUUU